AAAAUAUAGGUCUAUGUCAAAGGUGAAUUCGUGGGAGGUCUGGAUGUUGUCAAGGAGAUGGUCGCAACGGGCGAGUUUCAGGCCUUGGUUCCAGCAGAAAAGGAUCUCAAGACGCGCAUGGAUGAAUUGAUCAACAAGGCACCUCUGAUGAUUUUUAUCAAGGGUAGCCCAGAGACCCCACGCUGCGGAUUUUCAAAGUGAGUUGCACUUCCUAUGAUUUGUGUCCUGCAAUUUCUACUAUCUGCAUCCUACAAAAGCAUUUCGCAGCGCUCAUUGUACAUGUCUAACGCCUCCUUCUGCUCCAAUGCGAACCUGGUUCAUAGGAAAUUGGUCGCUCUGCUGGCUGACCAGGGUGUGACCUAUGAUUCUUUUGACAUCUUGGAAGAUGAUGACAUCCGCCAAGGCUUGAAGACCCAUGUCGACUGGCCUACGUUCCCAAUGGUGUUCUUCAAGGGCGAACUCUUGGGCGGUCUCGACAUUAUCACGGAAAUGGUCGAAAAUGGAGAGUUUACGCAGGUUGUCGCCGAGGCUAAGUCGCCAGUUGCUUAGCUGUGUAGUAAGGACUUAAAAAUAAAAAAAAUAAAAAUAAAAAAAAAGGUUGGCCAUGAACGGCACUCCAUGGACCCGGAGUAAAUGGCAAUAUGUAAAACCAUCUACAGCGCGG